UAUUUUUAGAAUGUUGUUCAUGUGUUUUCUUUUAUAAAAUAAAAAAUUCAGAUCGGUGCAGGAUAGAAUCGAGUUAUAUUUUAAACAUGAAAUUCUUUAUAUUUAGGCUUGAAUUUGAGAUUUUGAUUAAUAAUAGAGCAGUCUCACAAUCCGUUUUAUUAUGUUAUGUAUGUCUUAAGUUGUAGUUCGAGAGUUACUAAUGUAGAAGUGAAUUAUUCUCACACUUAUUUGGUGUAAAUUUAGUAUUUGCAAUGGGAUACAUCAAUUUUUGAUUUUUCAUCUUAGGGUCAAUGUUAGUAUUAGUUUAAUUUUGUUCCGAGUCAAAUAUGAUCCUAUUAAAAAUUAUUUUUAUAUUCAAAACUCAAAAUAUACCGUUUAAAUUAAAAGAUAGUAAUAUCAUCAACUGUAUCCUUACUUAAUAUUUUAAUGUGCAAUUCGAUCUUUACUUGGUUCAGUUCAGUACUCAGAUAUAAGUUACAUGAAAAAUGAAUUUUCAAAAAUAAUAUGGGAAACUACCUUUUGAUUUCAUUUCUCCUUCUUUUAUGUGGGAUUACUACUGCAGUAACUCAACUCUUUAAUUCCUACCUAACUCUCCCGUCGAGUUGUCCUGCGCCGGACCCUGCACUUAAUUACCGGCCGAUCAUCGGAAUUGUGAGUCAUCCCGGCGAUGGCGCCACCGGCCGACUCAGCAACGCCACUAAUGUCUCUUAUAUUGCAGCUUCCUAUGUUAAAUUUGCUGAAAUGGCUGGUGCUAGAGUCAUUCCCCUUAUAUACACUGAGCCACCCCAAGUUCUCAAUCAAAAGCUUAAUCUAGUAAAUGGCAUUAUCUUCACUGGAGGUUGGGCCAAAGAUGGUCUAUAUUUUGACGUUAUUAAAGGAUUUUUCCAGAAAAUUCUGGAGAAGAACAAUGCUGGUGAACACUUUCCUUUACUUGCAAUCUGCUUGGGGUAUGAACUUUUAACGAUGAUCAUCACCAAUGACAACAAUAUUCUUGAGGAAUUUAGUGCAGCUAGCCAAGCAUCUACAGUACAGUUUGUGGAAAAUGUAAAUAUUGAAGGAACAGUAUUUGGAAGGAAAAAUACCAGAUUACCUUAUAAGAAGGUUCUUAAAAGAUUUCCCCCCGUGUUGCUAAAGAAGAUGAGUAUAGAUUGCCUUGUGAUGCAAAAUCAUCAUUUUGGUAUAUCACCCGAAAGAUUUCAAGCGAAUAAAGAUUUGAGUAGCUUUUUCAGGGUAUUGACUACUAGUACGGAUGAAAACAACAAGGUCUAUGUCUCUACUAUUCAAGCACAACGCUAUCCUAUAGCUGCUUUCCAAUGGCAUCCAGAGAAAAAUGGUUUCGAAUGGGGUUCAUCAAGGAUUCCACAUUCUGAAGAUGCAAUUCAAGUCACUACACAUGUUGCCAACUAUUUUAUAAGUGAAGCUAGAAAAUCUUCAAACAAGCCAGUGGCGCGAGAAGUGCUCGAUAGUCUCAUAUACAAUUACAAUCUCACUUAUGGUGGGAAGGCAGGGAAGGGUUAUGACGAAGUGUAUCUCUUCAUUCCACAUUCUUCCUCGAGCUCUCUAUAGAGAAAAAAAACAACAGUGUACUUGAGCAAUAACAACUGCACAAUCUAAUUACAAUGCAUAUGAAGUUAGUGUGUGAUGUAAACCGCGUUGCAACUGGCAUUCAAUCUCCGGAUACAGUCCUCACAACCAAAGGGGGAGGGAGGUAAAACUAGUUGUAUCAUAUUUGUUAGAGGUGGAUCCAUGAUUUUAAGUUUAUCCGUUCUGGACCACUAGCCUUUUAGCUCAAUGGAGAUUAUGUAUAUUAAGUGAAUUUUUUAAACAUAAAUAGAGUGUCUUCCCGAAGUUAUUUUAGAUAUUAUGCAUGAAAUUAAACAGAGAAAAUGACCAUAAUAGUCCUUAUGUUGUAUAAGGUUUGGACUAUUUUAGUCUUGUGUGUAUGUGAAAUGGUCCUUAAUGUAUGAAAAAAAAGAUUUAUUUUGACGUAAA